GCUGACCCUGUUCUGCUGUCAGUGGUGUAAAACACUUCCACGUUGUUGCAUUUCAGAGAAACCUCGAGACUCUAGGAUGUUUUUCUUUGUGAUUGUUGUGUUGCUGUCCUGCACUGAGGCUGAAGGUCUCCAACAUGUGUUUGUGGUGCAUGGAAACGACUUACACUUGGAUACAGAGAAACCUGUUAAACUUGACGAACAGACAGAAUUGUUCUGGAGAUUUAAUUCCAGUAACAAUAUAGCUAAAUGUGUUUUUAAUAGAGAUCCAGUCGUGUAUAACAAAUAUGCAGGAAGGGCUGAGUUGUUUGGACCAAAUUGCUCUUUGAAAUUAAAGAAUGUUCAACACAGUGACAGUGGAGAUUAUACUGCAGUUGUGAUCAGCGAACAAGUGCAAAGGGUAGCUGAAUACAAGGUCAUAGUUCAAGAUCAAGUGACUCCUGUUGACCUGACAGUGGACCCUGUGUCCAAGACCUCAGACUCCUGUAACCUGACUGUGACCUGCAGCACAGUGGACUUUAACAUCAGCAGUAGUUUUAGAUGUGAUGGUAAAAUCUGCUCUCAUGCAGAAGAAAAGGAUUUGAAAGCCACAAAAGAAUUUUCCUCUUUAAGUGUUUACCUGCAGCAAGACACCAUUUUCUGUAAUCACAGCAACCAAGUGAGCUGGAAUCAGACCACGAAGGUGCUCAAAUCUUACUGUGAAACAAAGACAGGUAUCUCCAUCUGUGUGGUGAAGACAGUCGUGUUCUCUGUUGGUCUGAUCAUCAUGGUGAUUGCUGUGAUCAGUGUCCACAUUAUGGAGAAGAUUAAGAAGUGAAAAUAAAGAAGAGGCUUUCCACGUACACACAUAGCUAAUACACUUUUAGAAAAUGUUGAAGUUAUAGAUUCCAGUGGUAGAUAACUACACAGGUUAACACAUUUUGGGGGUUUGCUAAUUUUUAUGCAGAUACCGUUUUUUGUUAUAUAGCACAAAAUUAGGCAUUGCAAAUGUUUUGUAAGUAUAGACAUUUGUACAUUUAAUUCCGUUAAUUUUCUGAAUGUUGAAUGUAAACAUAACAAACGCUCCACAAGACAUGCAUGGCAAACAUGUUAAAUCACUGUCAUCACUGCAGAGAAAUUUAAGAAAGAAAAAUACAUUUUGCAGUGCUUACCCACUGCACAUAGAUGUCAAUGCAAACUUGCUUGAAAAGAACUCCUCAAACCAUCUAUGAUAGCGUUACCAAUUAUUUUUGAUGAAAUAGUCAAAAGUCAAGACUCUACAUCAUUUUGUGAAUAAAAUACGUGUUGAUCCUUAUAAAGCUGUUUUCUGAGAUUUUAUAAUGAUAGCAAACACAAAAGAAGCAUUUCUGAUUCCUAUUCCAGAAAGCAGCAUUAAGAUGUUUCUUCAGUGUGAGGGAAUCAACUGAUAACUACUACUAAGUUGUAAACCCAAGAAUAAAAAAAGAAUUUUUUCAGCUUCAAAGCUCAUUUAAAAUCACCAAAGACCAACCUAUCAAUCUCUGAUAUUUUAGAAGUUACCGAUUCUGCUUUGAUUGGUGUCUUCUUUGUAUUAUUCUAAAUGUUAAUGAGACACUGACACCAUCAUUUAACAUUCAAAGUAACCUAAGAAUGAAAAAAGGGUUCAAAAAUAUAUCUGAGAUGAAAAUUGGGUAUCUUUCCAAAUGCAGCAAGUUGCAUAUUCAAUAUGCUGACAAUUUUUCAAGUGUCCCAAAAAAUCAUGUCUCAUGUUUAAAUUCACAUACAAAAUUGUUGUCAAGUUUCAAAGUUCUUAAAUAACACAGCUUUGAGACGGAGCGUGGCCCUAUAGCUCUGUGAAAAACACUUCAUGGCUUCAACAUUUUUCUUUUAGAUGAAAUGAUGAAUGAUUAACUGUUAAAACCUAUAGAAAUUAUUGAUGCUUCUUUUUGUCAGUUCAGUUUAUCUCAAACUGAACACUACGACUAAAAUCGCAAACAUGCAAAGAGCAAACCUUUAAUUGUAUCCUAUUCUAUGACUGAAAACACGUACGAACUAAAACUAUAUUUUUAUUAUAUACUGUCUGUAUAUUGAACUACAGUCAUUAUAUCAUAAAGAUUCUUUUAAGAGAAUAAUUUUGCAAGUGCUUUUGUUGAAAGACAGUCAUAUUUUUAACAUUAUUUUGUAAUAAAAAUAUGGGAAAAAAAAACACAAAACCAUGUAAAUUUUGUUUUAACAGCUGAAUUCAGCUGAAAUUCAGAUCUACUGGAAUAUGUUACGAGACUGGGGUGCAAACUGAAGUAUGGCAAAAGCAAACUUCUCUCUUGUUCUGCUACUUUUAUUUCUCUUUCUUGUUCUCAAUCUGUGAAAAGAUGCAACUUCCUUUUUCUUGUAUUAGACGUCUGGUUUUUUUUGUUUUGUUUUUUUGUGCAAGCAUUUUUGCUUAACAUGCAAAACCUAAAGGAUGUUACAGCCUAAAGAGGAAUUUGGUAUCACUGCAAAUGCAGCUUGUAGCACAAAUUGCGGACCUGACCACACUUCGAUGCUUUUUAGCAUCUUUAUUAACUCACACUCGAAUGCAGUUUUCCAGCUGAUUAAAGUAGAUUAAACUUCAAUAUUAAACGUAAAAAAUCAGAUACCCUGAAACAAUUUCAAUCAUCAUGUUUAUAUUGUUGUCCUUUCUGUAGUUCAUGGGGAAAGUUAAGACACUGAACAAAAACAAUAAUACAUUUUCAUUUUUAUUACCCAUUAACAAAUUCCACCAAAUGCCUAAUUUGUGAAUAAAAAUGCUUUUUGCUGGUGUUAAAAAUGUUGUUGAGGCUUUUAUGUCGGGGAAAAAGUAUUUGGGAGGCUAAGCAGGUUUUUGACUUUGGAAUAUGGACUUCUUUGAUAUCACCCACAUAGGGUAGUGGAUGACUUUGGAGGCAGGCUACAUUGUCGAGCAGAAAAUAUACAGAUUAAUAGUGUUUUUGUGCUAUUUUAAUGUUUGUCGGUUUUGUGGGACCAGUACCCCAAUACUGGUAGUCUGGAUGGGCCCUCUGCUUUAAAAGUCACUUAUCCCUGAUGGGUCUUACCCAGUAGACAAUGCAAAGCUUAGAUAGAGCCUGAUGGGUGUUCUAACCACCACUCUCUCCCAGCUGACUACUCCACUGACUCUGGUAAAAAUUGAGCAUUAGUAGCCAUGGAGUCAAAGGCAGUGUGCUGUGAAACCAUGGCUAUGUCAGAUCGACAACUGGCACAGCUCAAAGAUAGUUCACUUGUGCACUGUUGGUCUGUGUCAAGUCUAGAGGAAGAACGCAAUUGUUAGAAGGGGCUGACCCUGUUCUGCUGUCAGUGGUAUAAAACACUUCCAUGUUGUUACAUUUCAGAGAAACCUCGAGACUCUAGAAUGUUUUUCUUUGUGAUUCUUGUGUUUCUGUCCUGCACUGAGGCUGAAGGGCUCCAACAUGUGUUUCUCCUCCGUGGAAAGGACUUACACCUGGAUAUAAAGAAAUCUGUUGUACUAGACAAAAAAACGGAUUUGAUAUGGAAAGUUCAUGAAACGAACAAUAUAGCUAAAUGUGGUUUUAAUAAUGAUCCAGUCGUGUUUGACAAAUAUGAAGGAAGGGCUGAGCUCUUCAGGCAAAAUUACGCGUUGUUAUUAAAGAAUAUGCAACACAGUGACAGUGGAGAUUAUACUGCAUUCAUGGUUAGCUAUAAAGACCAAAAGGUAGCUGAAUACAAGGUCAUAGUCCAAGAUCCAGUUUCUCCAGUUAACCUGAUAGUGGACUCUGUGUCUGGCAGUUCAGACUCCUGUAACCUCAUUGUGACCUGCAGCACAGUGGAUUCUCAAAUCAGCAGCAUUUUCACAUGUGAUGCCCAAAACUGCUCUCUGGUAGAAAAAGGAAGCUUUAAAGCCCAAACCUAUUCUUCCAAUCUCACUGUCAAUUUGCAGCAAGACUUAAUCAUCUGUAAUCACAGCAACCAAGUGAGCUGGGAACAGACUAAGAAGGACAUUAAACGUUAUUGCAAGGAAAAAACAGGUAUCUCCAUCUGUGUGGUGAAGACAGUCGUGUUCUCUGUUGGUCUGAUCAUCAUGGUGAUUGCUGUGAUCAGUGUCCACAUUAUGCAGAAGAUUAAGAAGCAAAAAUAAAGAAGAGGCUUUCCACGUACACAUAUAACUUAUAUGGUUUUAGAAAAUGUUGAGGUUAUAGAUACCAGUGGUAGAAAACUACACAGGUUAACACAUUUUGGGUGUUUGCAAACAUUAAAAGUUCUCAAAUAUCACACAAGGAAUCUGUAUCACUUUGUAAAUAAAAUGCUUGUUGCUCAUGUUAAUAAAAUUACCAAACCAAAUAAUAUCACUGAACCAAACACACAAAGUAAAGCAACACAAAAAACCCCACUAAAAAUUGAGGGUUGGAUACAGGUGCAGAUCAACUCUAUACUGGGUCCAUCGGUCCAUGACCAUUUCUGGACAUCUAUAUGACGUCCAAACUAGGUCCACAAUUUGAAUAUCCAGCCAUGACAACAUUUGGACUGGGUAAUUUUUUAUGGACGUCAUGUGGGCGUCUAUGACAGCUGCAGGAAAUUUACAUGAUUAGCAAGUAUAAUAUUUUUUUUACAAAUACCAACAUUGUUUAUGAAUAUCAAUGUUGUUAUCAGCAUAAUACAUAUGAAUACAGAUAGCCUGUUGAGUUAUUAUUCUCAAAAUGAUUCUCAGUAUUUUUUUUUUCUAAUUUUACAUUUUCCUGUUUUUCUUUCACUGGUUUAUUCAUUUCAAUGAAUCAAUUUAUUUGUUUGUAAACAGCUUAAACCUGUCAUUUGUUAAAUUUUGUUAAAAUAAUAAAGACACUGAAACCCAGCAUUUCUGCCCCAGCCUGCAGCUGCUCACUUUUGUUUUAGCUCAAGAGUCCGCACCAUCUUGGAAAUGCCUGCUGAUCACUCUGCAUUCCUUCACACAUAGUUUUUACUACCUAGUCUCAUUUAAGAAGGUGCCAUGCUGUUCAUGAUCAUUUUCCAGUAACUUCAUUUGAUUGUCUCAGCCGUACAUGAUAAAUGGAGAUGCACACAAAACUGUAAAUAAAGCUCCAGAAAAAAUUUACUCAUGGCCUGUAGAAAACAUGUUUUCAAACCUCUGGAAACUGGGAUUACAAAACCUAUAGAAGCAGUAUAAAAACUAGUAGUAGAUUGCAUUGUUAAGUAGUACUAAUUUCACAACGCAACACAAACAGGAGACGCCACAAGAAAGAGGCUUCUACACAAACAAGUUGGAUUAGGCAGACAGACAUCCACAGCUCCUAUGCAAUGGGCAGAACAUAUAUACCACAUUAGGGGGCCUGUACAUGUCCAGCCUAACAGGCGGCGAGCAGCAAAAGAUGUCAGGAAAUGCGACCAUCAAUGAACAUAGAAAGGCAGGUGACCGAGCCUCCUCAUAUACAGCAACAGUACGUUGAAGUAAACCUGUUAUCAUAUUGUAGAGUCUUUUUAAAGAUAUAUUUAUGUUAUCUGCAUAUUGAACAGUCAUUAAGAUAUUUAGAAGGUUACUCCAU